CCGCUGCCGCCACCACCGCCGCCUCACACACUCGGGGAGCGGGAGCGCGGCGCGGACGCGAAGCCGCCGGGGCUGCUGUGCCCAAAGCCAGCCGGAGCCGAGCCUGAACCGCAGCGCCAGCCAGAGCCGUGCCGUGCCGAGCCGCAGCCCGGGCCGGGGCCGGUGGCGGCUCAUGGACUGCAGGGCCCGCGGCCUGCGCUGCCCAGAGGCGGCCCUCCUGAUUCUGGAGCCUGCCCGGAUGGGGUCCCUGAGGCACAGCCCAGGCCCUGGGGGGCAACGGUUGCUGCUGCCUGCCUUGCUGCUGGCACUUCUGCUGCUGCUGGCUCCAUCCCCAGGCCAUGCCACUCGGGUGGUGUACAAGGUGCCAGAGGAACAACCGCCCAACACCCUCAUUGGGAGCCUCGCAGCCGAUUAUGGUUUUCCAGACGUGGGCCACCUAUACAAACUAGAAGUAGGCGCCCCGUACCUGCGGGUGGAUGGCAAGACGGGCGACAUCUUUACCACGGAGACCUCUAUCGACCGCGAGGGGCUCCGUGAAUGCCAGAACCAGCUCCCUGGUGAGCCCUGCAUCCUGGAGUUUGAGGUGUCUAUCACGGACCUUGUGCAGAAUGGCAGCCCCCGGCUGCUAGAGGGCCAGAUAGAGGUCCAGGACAUCAAUGACAACACGCCCAACUUCGCCUCACCAGUCAUCACGCUGCCCAUCCCCGAGAACACCAACAUCGGCUCACUCUUCCCCAUCCCGGUGGCUUCGGACCGCGAUGCUGGCCCCAACGGUGUGGCAUCCUAUGAGCUGCAGGUGGGGCCCGAGGCCCAGGAGCUAUUUGGGCUGCAGGUGGCAGAGGACCAGGACGGAAAGCAGCCGCAGCUCAUCGUGAUGGGCAACCUGGACCGGGAGCGCUUGGACUCGUAUGACCUCACUAUCAAGGUGCAGGAUGGUGGCAACCCCCCACGCGCCAGCAGCGCCCUGCUGCGAGUCACCGUGCUCGACACCAAUGACAAUGCCCCCAAGUUCGAGCGGCCAUCCUACGAGGCUGAGCUGUCUGAGAACAGCCCCAUAGGACACUCGGUCAUCCAGGUGAAGGCCAAUGACUCCGACCAAGGUGCCAACGCAGAGAUCGACUACACGUUCCACCAGGUGCCCGAAGUUGUGAGGCGUCUUCUGAGACUGGACAGGAACACGGGACUUAUCACUGUGCAGGGCCCCGUGGACCGCGAGGACCUAAGCACCCUGCGCUUCUCGGUGCUUGCCAAGGACCGAGGCACCAACCCCAAGAGUGCCCGAGCCCAAGUGGUGGUGACCGUGAAGGACAUGAACGACAAUGCCCCCACCAUUGAAAUCCGGGGCAUAGGGCUGGUGACUCACCAAGACGGGAUGGCUAACAUCUCAGAGGACGUGGCAGAAGAGACAGCUGUGGCCCUGGUGCAGGUAUCUGACCGAGAUGAGGGAGAAAAUGCAGCUGUCACCUGUGUGGUGGCAGGUGACGUGCCCUUCCAGCUCCGCCAGGCCAGUGACACGGGAAGUGACAGCAAGAAGAAGUACUUCCUGCAGACGACCACCCCGCUCGACUAUGAGAAGGUCAAAGACUACACCAUUGAGAUUGUGGCCGUGGACUCUGGCAACCCCCCACUCUCGAGCACCAAUUCCCUCAAGGUGCAGGUGGUGGAUGUCAAUGACAAUGCACCUGUCUUCACCCAGAGCGUCACUGAGGUUGCCUUCCCAGAAAACAACAAGCCAGGUGAAGUGGUCGCUGAGGUCACUGCCAGUGAUGCCGACUCGGGCUCCAAUGCUGAGCUGGUUUACUCUCUGGAGCCUGAGCCGGCUGCCAAGGGCCUCUUCACCAUCUCACCGGAAACUGGAGAGAUCCGGGUGAAGACAUCCCUUGAUAGGGAACAGAGGGAAAGCUAUGAGUUGAAGGUGGUGGCAGCCGACCGGGGCAGCCCCAGCCUCCAAGGCACAGCCACCGUCCUUGUCAACGUGCUGGACUGCAAUGACAAUGACCCCAAGUUUAUGCUGAGUGGCUACAACUUCUCAGUGAUGGAGAACAUGCCGGCGCUGAGUCCAGUGGGCAUGGUGACGGUCAUUGAUGGGGACAAGGGGGAGAACGCCCGGGUGCAGCUCACGGUGGAGCAGGACAAUGGUGAUUUUGUUAUCCAGAACGGCACGGGCACCAUCCUCUCCAGCCUGAGCUUCGAUCGGGAGCAGCAAAGCACCUAUACCUUCCAGCUGAAGGCGGUGGACAGCGGCGUCCCACCUCGCUCGGCUUACGUUGGCGUCACCAUCAACGUGCUGGAUGAGAAUGACAAUGCACCCUUUAUCACCGCCCCUUCCAACACCUCCCACCGGCUGCUGACCCCGCAGACCCGUCUGGGUGAGACGGUCAGCCAGGUGACAGCUGAGGACAUUGACUCUGGUGUCAACGCUGAGCUGACCUACAGCAUCGCCGGUGGCAACCCUUAUGGACUCUUCCAGAUUGGGUCACAUUCCGGUGCCAUCACCCUGGAAAAGGAGAUUGAGCGGCGCCACCACGGGCUGCACCGCUUAGUGGUGAAGGUCAGUGACCGUGGCAAGCCCCCUCGCUAUGGCACAGCCUUGGUCCACUUGUAUGUCAAUGACACCCUGGCCAACCGCACCCUGCUGGAGACCCUGCUGGGCCACAGCCUGGACACGCCGCUGGACAUCGACAUUGCUGGGGAUCCGGAAUACGAGCGCUCCAAGCAGCGCAGCAACAUCCUGUUUGGCGUGGUGGCGGGUGUCGUGGCCGUGGCCUUGCUCAUCGCCCUGGCCGUGCUCGUGCGCUACUGCCGGCAACGGGAGGCCAAGAGUGGCUAUCAGGCUGGCAAGAAGGAGACCAAGGACCUGUAUGCUCCCAAGCCCAGCAGCAAAGUUUCCAAGGGAAACAAAAGCAAGGGCAAGAAGAGCAAGUCUCCUAAGCCCGUGAAGCCGGUGGAGGACGAGGAUGAGGCCGGGCUGCAGAAAUCCCUCAAGUUCAACCUGAUGAGCGAUGCCCCUGGGGACAGCCCCCGCAUCCACCUGCCCCUCAACUACCCACCAGGCAGCCCUGACCUCGGCCGCCACUAUCGCUCUAAUUCCCCGCUGCCUUCCAUCCAGCUGCAGCCUCAGUCACCCUCCGCCUCCAAGAAGCACCAGGUGGUGCAGGACCUGCCGCCAGCCAACACUUUCGUAGGCACUGGGGACACGACGUCCACGGGCUCUGAGCAGUACUCCGACUACAGCUACCGCACCAACCCCCCCAAAUACCCCAGCAAGCAGUUACCUCACCGGCGCGUCACCUUCUCCGCCACCAGCCAGGCGCAGGAGCUGCAGGACCCGUCCCAGCACAGUUACUACGACAGUGGCCUGGAGGAGUCUGAGACGCCGUCCAGCAAGUCAUCCUCGGGGCCCCGACUCGGUCCCCUGGCUCUGCCUGAGGAUCACUAUGAGCGCACCACCCCCGAUGGCAGCAUAGGAGAGAUGGAGCACCCCGAGAACGACCUGCGCCCUUUGCCUGACGUCGCCAUGACGGGCACAUGUACCCGGGAGUGCAGUGAGUUUGGCCACUCCGACACGUGCUGGAUGCCUGGCCAGUCGUCUCCCAGCCGCCGGACCAAGAGCAGCGCCCUCAAACUCUCCACCUUCGUGCCUUACCAGGACCGAGGAGGGCAGGAGCCUGCGGGCGCCGGCAGCCCCAGCCCCCCGGAAGACCGGAACACCAAAACGGCCCCCGUGCGCCUCCUGCCCUCCUACAGUGCCUUCUCCCACAGUAGCCAUGAUUCCUGCAAGGACUCGGCCACCUUGGAGGAAAUCCCCCUGACCCAGACCUCGGACUUCCCACCUGCAGCCACACCGGCAUCUGCCCAGACGGCCAAGCGCGAGAUCUACCUAGGCUGUAUCUGAAGCCCAGGGAGUUAAGUAACUCCCCAAGGUCACACAGAUAUGGGCAUGCAAACCAGGGCUCCGGACUUUAAGGUCCUACCUGAUCCUCCCUCCUACUGUGACCUUGGGGGUCCAGGAUACAUUCCAAGCAAACUCCCCCUCACCACUCCUACCGGUAUGGCCUUGAGACAUGCAUUUAACUCUAGCCCCUCUGUUUGCCCACCCUGUUAUCUCUUUCUUAAUACUUCUCUGGUCACAUCACUCCUGCUCCUCCUCUGAUUGUCUAUGGUGUCCCUAUCAUUGCCUCCCUCCCCCAAGCCAAUGGCACUGAACCGCCCAACAUGUGUAAGUGUGACUGCCUGGAAAAUGUAACUUUCAAAGAGCCUGAAGUUGAAUGACAGUAAACAGAACCUUGGAGACCCAGACAUCAUCUAGGGUAUACAUGGACUCAGCAGCAGGAACUUAGGCAUAAGGCAAGAUGGGAGAGAGAGGGAUGGGGUGAUCAAAAGAAUGAGCUGGAGGGAGAAAUGGGAAAUGAGGGAAGUGAUAUUGAUUCAACCAGGCCAAAAGAAUCCUUCACUGUCAGUGUUGGAAAGGCCCUUAGAGAUCAACAAGUCCAGGAGUGGCAAAGGAGUUUCAAGUCAUGAGCUAAUGCUGAAUGAUGAAUAGCAGCUGCCUGGAGUGUGUCCUGAGAAGAAAUUUUCGUUAUUGAUUAGCAAUGUCUGCCAUGGGCACUGGAUUAGAAAUGGUAGCAUGCGUGCCAGAAUUUACAUCCCUGAUCUAGUUUCGACCUCUUCAUUCUGGAGCAGCUGAGAAGCCCAGAGGGGAAGAAACUUGUCCAAGGGUUAUACAUUGGAGCAAAUCUCAGGGCCCUUGCUGUCUCCUAAAACCCAAGUGAAGGUUGCACACACAUCCUAGACAAAGACAAGGGACCCAGGGAAAGAGCGUUCUCAGUAUGCAAUAACCAGUAAAGGAGCAGCCAACUUGAAGCUGGGAAGAAGACUGUGGAUGCAUCGUAGACCAGACACUGGGUGAGUGCUCAGUUCUCACUAGGUGAUCAGUUGACCGGAUAUGUCCAGCACCCUGGUUGUACCUCCUCUGACCUCUGGCCUCCCACCUAGGGAGGACAAGGAGGCUCCCUGGAGCAGAGGCCUUGGCUCUCUCUAGACAAAGAGUAGAGAACACAGAGUGAGGCAAAAGGAGGGGGAAAUGGUCUUGAGGCAGGGACGGUUCCCAUAGGAGCAAAGGCACUGACUAUGCCACAAUGGAGAGGGCCUUGGAGAAGAUGGCAAUUAGGAGGCAAGCACACAGGGACCUGUGCAGGUUUGGUAUGUGAGCCAGAGGAGAAGAAAGAACCUCCAGGUGACAAGAGCUGCAGAAUGGGGAUAAUGAUACCCUGACAAAGCAGUGGGGGCUUGGAGCCUAGCCCGGCCAAGGUGCUGGCACAGCUAAGCCAUGACGUACCACUUCCAGGCUGGGGGAUGUGGGCCGUGGAGGGGCAGGGAGGUGGGCUGAGGUGCCCAGCAUCAGCACAGCCUCAGAGGUUUGCUAUUGAACUUCUGCCUCCCUCCCUGUCUCUGUUGCUUUUCCCUUCUCUUCCUUUCCCAGCCUAUCUUUUCCUUUCUCUUUUUUUCUUCCCUGUACUGCUCUGUACAACAGAGUCUCCACCAGGAGAAGAAAUGGGGAAGGGAGUGGUGAGAAUGGUGGUAACACUGAAAGAUCUGGGAGGUGCUUUCAUGCAGAUCACCUCCCAAGGCUCUGAAAACAACCCAGGCUAUGAAGCAGUCCAAGAGCAGAGAAUCAGAUCCAACAUCAUACCCAGUUUUUCACAAAAGGAAACUAACACCCAGAGAAGUGAAGACCUCCCCCAAGUCAGUGUCACGCUGAUUUGCGUCCCACUUUCCAUCUCCCUUCUGCUGCUAGCACUCCCAUAUUUUCCCUAGGGAACCACCCCUUCCCUACCUCUGUCCAUGUGGUUUAGAAAGUGCUGAAUAAACCUGACCGUACCCAAGAUCUCAGGGUUCCAUAUGACUGGAGCUGGCCCAUCUGUGCCUUCCAACCCUGGAUCACAAGUCUCGAUAACAGUUGAUCCCAUAAGGUCAGCACUGGAUGUUUUGUGGAACAACUGGAAAAGGAGUGCUUUUUUUCCAUUGGGUUUGUCACGUUGGUAGGUUUAAGCCUGGCGCUGCUUAAAACACUUAUGGAGUGGCUACCAGAGAGUAAAGCCAACACAAAGGAAAGGAGAGACAGAUGCCAGAUGACAUCGUCUGAGUGCCUGGAUCCAGCUAUACCUGAAGACUAACCUUAGACUUUUCAGUUAUGUGAGCAAAAAAAACUUAAGCCAGUUUGCGUUGGAUUUGCAUCCAAGAGACUCUAAAGCAGCUUAGAGAAACAGAAGGAGAGAAAGACCACCCAGAGACAGAGACAAUUGCAGGGGUGAGGACCAGGUCUGAUAGGAAAGUGUGGGAGUGGGAGGGCUGGUCCAUUAGGAUCACUGAACUGACAUUCAACAGUGAAACAGGAAUACCAGAAUUUAUUGGAGGGAACACACAGCCAAAGAUGAUUCUGCAGGUGCAUUAAUCCGAGGUGGGGUGAAAGCUUUUUUCCUGCUACAUAAGCUGUCUAUCUGUGUACUGACCAAAGUCCACCCGAGCCCCCAGCCUGCACAGGGUGUGGGUCGACAGAGGGUGGGGAGGAUGGCACGGUCAGUUGGAGUUUAUCUUGACAGUCAACAGCCAGUUGCAACGGAAGUCCCUACUAAUAGCUCUUAUGACGCAAGCCUCAUUCCAAGACAGAUCUUUAAAGACAAAUGAAAACAUUCAACCAAUCCCCGCUUAUCACGUAAGCUCAGCAUUGCCCCCCUCCCCAAUCCAUUCCUUAUCAGAAGUCCCCAGAUUUUAUCUGAUUUACAGGAUACUAAACUUAGUGAUAAACAAGAGAGACUGAAGGAGGAACUAAGUCACAAGCUUGACUCAUCCACAGUCCACGUUGCUCAGCUCCGACACGUCACACGUGCAGCAACCCAGGGAAGGUGACCACAACUUUCCUUGCUGUAGCGGCACGAUGUGCUGGAACCCCAUUGAUUAUAACCUAAUGAGAUGACCUCCUGGGGACCACCAACAUCGGGCCUCCUCUGUGCUGCUUGCAGGAGGUGCCAGGUGGGGAUGGGCAUGGUGGGAGGAAGUCAUGCCCUGCGCUGAUAAGAAAUUCCCUUCCCUUGUCCCAGACACACCGAUGUCUGCCUCUCAGGGGUGAGAGGGAGGACACGGCCCUAAAGAAAGACAGAGAGGGUGGAGGGUCUGGUGCCUGGUGCCUGGGAGUUAUUUCUCUCUUUACUCUUCCCCACCUCUCCCACUUCCCCUCACUGGGAAACAAUCAAUGCUUUAAAAAAAACAAGACAUAAACAAAAUACAUAUAUGUAGAUGUGUACCUAUAAAAUUCAAUAUAUAAAAAUACAUACAAUGUUCAAGAAGUUGUCAUUCCCCCUGUUAACUCUAUGUUUUAGAGAAUUUUCCAUGCUUUGCAGUUAAGGUCCGCCCCAUCAUUUCUUACAGCAGCAUGGUAAUUCUGUUUAUUUAUCCACCCCUUUAUUGAUGGACAUUGAGGUUGUAUCUGAUUUUUAUUUUUUACUGUUGCAAACAAGAACAUCUAAUACAUUUUGUGCAGUGAACACCUAA